AUGGAUAAGAAACAUCUCCUGAUUCUCGUUAUAACGAGUUUUGCCUCUUGGCUGCUUAUUGUUCUACUUGUCUUUGCUACCUGGAAGGCUGCGGACUGGUUUGGUCAAGAGCACACGGACGUCGAAGCCGCCCGGGUUGAGCCCGACAUUCCACCCGCUAUCCCAAAGGUCAAACACGUUCGUUUUUCAGCUACAGUUGAAUUCAUCUAA